AUGUCUUUUGUCGGUAAGGUCGUUGUAGUCACUGGCGCUUCGCGUGGAAUCGGGCGCUCCGUCAGCAAAAUCCUGCUCGCUCGGGGCGUCUCAGUCAUCGGCGUGGCGCGCUCAGCCGAGAAGCUUCUCGAGGUUCAGAAUGAGACAAAGGAUUACGUCGGCAAGUUUAUCUCGUGCACGGCGGAUCUCACACAGAGCGCAGAUAUUGACGCAGUCCACGCUGCUGUCACCAGCUCGGGUCUCUCGCUGAUCGGCCUGGUGAAUAACGCCGGCGUCAUAGAGCCCCUAGCCAAGCUGGCUGACAUCAAGAUCGCCGAUCUGCAGAAGCACCUGGAUGUUAAUGUCACUGCGGUGCGUUGUAUCGGUGGCCUUGAGGCCGGUGUCGUGGCUACGGACAUGCAGGAGCAGAUCCGCGAGCAGGGCAAGGGCGCAAUGGUGGCUGGCGAGCUGGCCAAGUUUGUCAACCUGCAUACUUCAGGCGGGCUUUUGGCGCCGGAGCGCCCUGCGCAGGUCAUUGCCGCGCUGGCUCUGGAGGCUGAUCCUAAGCUGUCGGGCGGGUUUUUUUCGUGGGAUUCGGCCGAGGUGGCACAGUACUCGUUUUGA